CGUCGUUCUGAAUAUUCCACUUCUUCAGAUAGUUUUUCUUUAGAAUUGCUCACAAGACAGUUCGUUGUUUUAAGAAAAAUGGAGUGGAUAAGCUUUUUAAGUGUAUUUUUGGGGAUUAUUAGUCUCUCUAGCUGUAGCCUAAGUGGUCCCUAUCUUAUGUGGGGUCAUGAGAAGCUGAACGACUUAAAAUUACCAGCUCUAGUUGAGGCAGAUGAACAAAGCCUUUCGACACUUUUCACCGAAGCCAAAGCUGUCGUGGUUUUCAUUCGAAACAAUACAAAUCGCUUGGACGGCGAAAACUAUCCAAAGUUUCGACAAUUAGUAAACGAAAAUGCUUGGACUUAUUUGCCCCAACAUACUCUGGCUGUGGAACCCUUUAACUACAAUACAAAUGUUGAGGUGAUAAAUCUUGUGGGACAAACUUCUCAGCAAGAUACAGAAAUUGUAGCCCUUUUCAAGGACUCAGUGACUAUCUAUGGCGAGGGUGAGGUUUUGGGAAUAUUGGCCUAUCGUGAGGAAGAAGUUCACUAUAUGUACAAGCGAGAAGCCAAUGAGGAGACUACAACUCAAAUAGCCCCAACUGAAGAACCAACUGAGACCAAUUUUAUUUAUCAAGCACCAGGAAAAGCCAUUUUGUAUACAACAACUGCUCCCUUAUUAAACAUGGACAUCAAUGGUCAAAUUCAUUCACUUGCUUUGAUGGAACAUGACAAGGAAAUCACUUUUGACGACCGAAAUGAUUGGAGCCGAUUAAACAUUGGAUUCAAAGUGAACAAUACUCGACUCCGAUUACGUUUCAAUUUCACUCUUUCCUCUUACCAUUAUUGGUCUCUAACUGCUGUUGAAGUUGAAUACAAGGAUAUUCGUAAUAGUUUGCCAUUGAUUGGAGAUGAACCCGUGGCACCACUAGAAUUCUCAUACCGGUGUUCCUCGAAACCUCUAAUUUUCCGAAGUGAACAAGACAAUUUAACAAUAUCCGAUUAUCAAAUUCAACCUUGGUUAAACGGUCGUGAUAAGUUUAGUGAUGCAUAUCAUUGCGUUGGAUUUGUAACAGUACCUAUUUUAUCAGGAUUAUUUGUGAGUGCCAUAUUAAUUGGUCUACUAUUUCUUGGGAUUCUGGCUAUAAUGGAUAUUAAAACACCAAAUAAGUUUGAAACAUCACGUAGUAAGCAAUUGACAUUUACAGUUCAAGAAUAAAAUUUAAAAGAAAAUCUUAAUAAACAAAUAAAACUAAAAUCAAAUACCUAUAAAGUUGUAGUUAUGUAUACUUGUAAUAUUAUAAUGUCAUCCAAAAUAAUUACCUAUAACAUUUAAAUUAAACAAUUCUUAGGUUGUCUUUUGUUAAGUUAUAUGUAUUUAAAUGUUUCCUUUGCUUAUACUGAUAAAGAAAAGUUUAUAACAUUACUUAGCCGUAUAAAGAUUGAAUGUUCAUUACAAUAUCUAGGUAAUAUUUAUGUAUAUCUCAAAUUUAUCCCAUAAGUCAAUGUAAAUUCCCAAAACCAUCUAUCAUAUUGAAAAAAGAAAUAUUGUUGAAAAAACAAACGUUACAAAAGAUUGAUGUUAGUUACACAUUUUUGAUUUAAAUAAAUUUAUUUGAACAAUUUA